UAUUCUGAAGUCCUUGCAAUGUUAACAUAGCAAAGCUUGCUUGCUUUUAUUGAACUUUUACAUCUCUCUGGUUUAAUUGCAAAAAGUACAUAGUUCCACAUGGCAUGCUGAUAAAUUUUAUUGCAUCUAGUCAUUCUAGUCAUAGCAUUCAUGUGCUAGCAUCUUCAUCAAACAAAUUGGAGGCAACUAAUUCAAGGAAAAUGCAACAGAAAGAAGGACAAAUUUCAGUUAUGCAUAGGCUAGGGAAGGAUUGAAUCAUGUCUAUCUAAAAGAGGAUCAAAUCUUGUUUCUCUAAAAGGAAGUCAAAAUACAAGCUAAAGCAAAAUAAGCUGAUAUAAUUUAUAAUGGAUUUUUGCAAGUCUUAGAUUAGUGAAUACGAAAGGUGAAAGUCAUCAAGUAUUUAAGCUGUGGCCAUUUGCUUCUUCUGUAGUUAAUAUCUUUGUGCUUGGUUAUUAUUCAGUGUGGAAUUGGUAAGUUUUUAUGAUGAUUUGCUUGACAUUUCUUUUGCCAUCCUUUGCCUUCUUUGUUUAGUGAGCCUAUUUUUUUAUAUGAGAAUCAGCAUCUAGACUAACAUAAGAUAUAAAUGUCUUUUACAACUGGUAUUAAAUGAACAAAACUGGUAAUGUUUCAUUGUACAUAUAUGUUAAUUGUUAAUGAUACUAAUGGAGUUCUACUCCUUGUAAGAAUAUUAUAGCUCAAUAUCACACAACAUUAUGUGAAUUACAAUAUUUUGUUACUUUUCUUAUCAGCUAUGUGCCAGAAACUUACAUCUAGUGCAAUGAUGAUCUUAAAACAUGAGGUGUUGAAUUUGUUGGAGAGUUUGCACUAAAGGCCAUUUUAAAAUUUUAUAAUAUGGGCUUUGUUGGUGUAAACAACUUUUUUAGCCGUGGCCUCGGGGCCGACGCGGCUUGUUCGGGGGUCCGAAUGACGGGGAUCUAGCGCGGCAUUUCUCGGGGUCUCCCGGUGGCCCAUCGCGGUGGUCUGGUUGGAAGAAAAGCUUCGCCGCGGCGCCGGGUAGGGACGACUCCGGUCUAGCACCUGCACACAGGUCAGGUCGGAAGCUCGGCCCGACCCCUCCGACGAUCAAGUCAGUGAUGUGGAGUGGGGUUUUGGAUGAGGAAGUGCUUUUUUUGUGUUCCCCCCUAUUUUGUUUGGAGCCCGGGGGUAUUUAUAGGUAAGUUUGGUGUUACCUGAUGUGCCAGCCUGUCGGAGCAGGACCGUACCUCUGAUGGCGUCUGACAUCGCCGUUGGUGUUGCGUGAAGGACCGAGCUGCCGCAGGGUAUGAGCGAGCUUCGGUCGACGCUUUCCCCUGCCUCGGUCGGUCGUGCGAGGUCAGACGAUGAGGUCGUCUGAGAAUGGUUGAUGUGAGCGCGCAUUAAGUCGGCGUUAAUGCUCACUUCCUUGGGCAGUGUGUCGUCCAGGCGUGGCUGACGUCAUGGCGCACCAUGUCGCCAUUUUUGUCCUUAUCAUAUUCCCCCCCUAAGGAAGCUAUGCCUCGAUUGAUGUGAGGGGAGGUCCGAGGCAUGACUUCGGCUUUAAGAAACUCUACCUGUCGGGCGGUUGCCGGUCUGUUGCCAGGGGUGUGAGAAUUGCGGAGCUUAGCAGCUAAGAAGGGUUGGACGCGUAGCGGUGAUCCCGGGCAGUGUGCGGCCGUGGAGCACGGCGCAGGCGUGGUCUCGGGCAGUGUGUAGCCGAGGAGCACGACGCAGGCGGGCUGGCCGCGCAGGUGUGGUCUCGGGGAGCAUCAAGCCGAGGAGCACGACGCAGGCGGGCUGGUCGCGCAGGUGUGACCUCGGGGAGCAUCAAGCCGAGGAGCACGACGCAAGCGGGCUGGCCACGCAGGUGUGGUCUCGGGGAGCAUCAAGCCGAGGAGCACGACGCAGGCGGGUUGGCCGCGUAGGUGUGGUCACGGGGAGCAUCAAGCCGAGGAGCACGACGCAGGCGGGCUGGCCGCGCAGGUGUGGCCUCGGGGAGCAUCAAGCUGAGGAGCACGACGCAGGCGGGCUGGCUGCGCAGGUGUGGUCUCGGGGAGCAUCAAGCCGAGGAGCACGACGCAGGCGGGCUGGCCGCGCAGGUGUGGUCUCGGGGAGCAUCAAGCCGAGGAGCACGACGCAGGCGGGCUGGCCGCGCAGGUGUGGCCUCGGGGAGCUGCUUGUGCUAUUUUCCAUUUUUGCCUGCUUAGUCGUAGCGGGGGGCGAAAAAACUUUCGUAUUUGAUUUUCUUUCUGAGGGGGAGUCGGUUGCUUUCGCCGCACGCUUUUGGGCGUUGGGAUCGAGGCGUCAGCCCGCUGUCGCUUCAGCGGGGUUGCCACGUCAGGCUUUUAUUAAGGCAGGGCGCCUUUUGGCAUUUCCGAUGCGACGUGACGGUUACGCACGUGCGCGGGUGGGCUGCCGCCCACUCUCGGGAGGUGAAGGGGCGUUGGUUCUGGUGGUAUAUCUCCUUUAAAUAGCGGACGCCCGGCUUUACUUCUAUCUUUUGCUGUUGAGUCUCCCUCUCUGGCCUUGCCGUCCCCUUUCCAAUCUUCUGCUUCCUGUGUCGUCCUCCCUUUCCCCGUAGCACCUCCUUGUUAAGGUUAGUUGAGAUGUCGUCCUUUCCUCCUUCCCCUUCUUCCCCUUCCUGUGUAGCUGAGGGGGGACGUCCUUCGACGCCCCCCGUAGAAUCCUCUGAUGGGGAAGCGGCGCGGGCCCUAGAGGCCUUGAUGUGGCCGCAUGACUUUGACUCCACCGUGAGUGGGUCUCUGCUGGGGGGGCUCCGGGAGCGCUAUUGCAUCCCGGAGGACCACAUCCUUAGUGCCCCAGAACCGGGACAGCGGGCGUAUGACCCCGUCCCAAAGGGUUUUGCGCUGACUUUGGACGCCCUAAAGGCGGGUCUUCGCUUUCCCCUUCAUCCCCUCAUUGUGUCCUGCCUGUCUUUCUGGCGGAUUUCUCCAUCUCAAGUGGCGCCGAACUCUUGGCGUUACCUAGUGGUAUUCCUGGGGGAAUGCCACUACGCCAAUAUCACCCCCACCCUCAAUCUCUUUCUUUCCUGUUACCGCCUUUCCAAGGGUUUGGGGGGUUACUUCCUAUCUGCCCGGACGGGCUUUCGAGUCGGAGGGGCCCCUUCCAAUAAUAAAGGGUGGAAGGGGAGGUUUUUUUACAUUUGCCGUGCACGGGACUGGGGUUUUGGGGUUCGGUGGUCCGCGAGGGCGAUCGACAAUACCACCCCAUGCUUGGGCGAAGCAGAGCGCCAAGAUCUGGGGAGGCUCAAAGAGAUUCUCCUCAGGUCGCAGGCCAUCUGGAACAUGACCGAGCAAUGGCUAGUCGAGGCUGGUCUCAGCCCGAUGCCUCUGGGUACGUUAGUGACGUUUGGUUCGGGUAUUUGUGUGGUUCAUUUCUGGUACUAACACUUUUCUUGUUUUUUGUAGAAAUGGUGAACCUCCGGUCGCUUCUGGGGGGUCAGGCGUCGCAAGCUCCUCCCCCAGCUCCGCCGGCCGACCUACAGCCCGGCUCGGAGGACGCCCCACUGGAGGUCGAGGCCGGGCGCCCUCGGAAGAAGGCGAAGGCAGCACCUUCGAAGGGGCCUGAGGCGGGCCCCAGUCGGGGCGAGACCGGGCCUAGUCGGCGGGCGGCUGGGAAGGGUCCGCGCCCUACCUCCGUACGUGACCUGUGCCGACUACCAGCCGGGGACGGGGAGCCGUUCCAGUCGCGGUUGGUGAGCGAGAUCCCACUUGGGGAGUCUAGCGACCCCCUGGUCGCUCGCUGGGGGGGCUUGUCCCGGGGGGACAGAGUGUGGGCCGGAGGGGACCCCUCCGCAGCGUUCCUCCGAGGCGCGCUUCAUCCCGACAUGGCUCGGGAUUUGUACGUCUUGCCCUCGGAGGUGCUGCUCAACAAGUCCGCCCAAUCCUUGAUCUGGGGCCUCCAUUAUGCGACGGCCCUGAUGGACAGGGUGCAUGACGCCGGCCGGGUCAUCGGGGGCCUCGUCAACCGCAACGUCGAGCUCCACCGCCAAGUCGAGGAGGUCCGAGCCGGGGCCGGCCCGGAGGCUGUGGCGGCCGUCGAGAAGCGCGCGGCGGAGUUUGAGGCGGAGGCGGCUCGCCUCAGGUCGGAGCUCGAGGCCGCCAAGAAAGCAAACGAGGAGCUCCAAAAAACAAUAAGGGUGGAGCGGAUCGAGCUCCGUCUGUUGAAGACGGAGGCGAGCGCCCUCAGCAAGAAGCUGGAGGAGGCGAAGGCCGAGACGAGAGCGGCCUUGGAGGCAUUGGCGAAGGAAGCCCGUCUUCGACCCGCCAAAGAUAAGGAGCUCCUCGAGGCGUAUAAGAAGUCCGAGGGGUUCGAACUCGGGCUAACGCGGACGGGGCGGGUAUCCUUUGAGUACGGAUACCGAGUCGCCACGUCCCGUUUUCGCGCUCGUCACCCUGGCCUCGAGGUGGAGGAGGACCCCUUCGCUCCUCACCCCGAGGAUCUAGGGGUAGACAUGCCCGAGGACGUCCCCUUUGACGACCGCCUGGUUGUCCCAUAAUAAUAAUAAGGAAGGGUCCUGUAUUUUAAAGUGCUAGUUAAUU